GAUUCGCCGGCUCGCCGGCACUGGGCGGAAAGCAGCAGCAAGGAUGGAUGUGGUUGACAGCCUUCUUGUGAACGGAAGCAACUUCACUCCUCCCUGCGAACUAGGCAUCGAAAAUGAGACGCUUUUCUGCUUGGAGCGGCCCCAUCCGCCCAAAGAGUGGCAGCCAGCUGUGCAGAUUCUCUUGUAUUCCUUGAUAUUUCUGCUGAGCGUGCUGGGAAACACGCUGGUCAUCACAGUGCUGAUUCGGAACAAGAGGAUGAGGACCGUCACCAACAUCUUCCUGCUGUCCCUGGCCGUCAGCGACCUCAUGCUCUGCCUCUUCUGCAUGCCAUUCAACCUCAUCCCCAACCUGCUCAAGGAUUUCAUCUUCAGCAGCGCUGUUUGCAAAACCACCACCUACUUCAUGGGCACCUCUGUGAGCGUAUCCACGUUUAAUCUGGUGGCCAUAUCUUUGGAGAGAUACGGUGCGAUUUGCAAACCCUUACAGUCCCGGGUCUGGCAGACGAAAUCCCACGCUCUGAAGGUGAUUGCCGCUACCUGGUGCCUCUCCUUUACCAUCAUGACUCCGUACCCAAUUUAUAGCGACUUGGUGCCUUUAACCAAAAAUAACAACCAGACUGCGAAUAUGUGCCGCUUCCUACUGCCAAAUGAUGUUAUGCAGCAAUCCUGGCACACGUUCCUGUUACUCAUCCUCUUUCUUAUUCCUGGAAUUGUGAUGAUGGUGGCAUAUGGAUUAAUCUCUUUGGAACUUUACCAAGGAAUAAAAUUUGAUGCUAGCCAGAAGUCUGCCAGAGAACGCAAAGCGAGCACCGGCAGCAGCGGCCGAUACGAGGACAGCGACGGGUGUUACCUGCAGAAGGCCAAGCCCGCGCGGGCGCGCGCGCGGACGCUGGAGCUGCAGCGGCUCUCCAGCGGCAGCAGCGGCAGGGUCAGCCGCAUCCGGAGCAGCGGCUCCGCGGCCAACCUGAUGGCCAAGAAGCGGGUGAUCCGCAUGCUCAUGGUCAUCGUGGUCCUCUUCUUCCUGUGUUGGAUGCCCAUCUUCAGCGCCAACACCUGGCGCGCCUACGACACCGCCUCCGCCGAGCGCCACCUGUCGGGGACCCCCAUUUCCUUCAUCCUCCUGCUCUCCUACACCUCGUCCUGCGUCAACCCCAUCAUCUACUGUUUCAUGAACAAACGGUUCCGCCUUGGCUUCAUGGCCACCUUCCCCUGCUGCCCCACCCCGGGGCGAGCAGGCGCCCGAGCAGAGGCGGGGGAGGAGGAGGAGGGCCGGACCACGGAGGCCUCGCUGUCCAGGUACUCGUACAGCCACGUGGGUGCCCCCGUCCCGGCCCCGUGA